UAAACACAUGUCAUGUGCAGGUUAAGGGGAAACGUGAACUUUUUUGGAUUGUAAGAUCCGAGAUAGAGAGGGAUUGUGGUGCAGGAGCGUGACUAUUUUUAUGUAUUUUUUUUUAUUUUAUUUUAUUUUAUUUUAUUUCUGAUUUAGUCUAUCUACACGUCGCUGUAAUGCUGUCACCGCGGAGAUCUGUUUUUUAACCCGAGCGAAUGUUAUAAAGAUGAGUAGUUCUAUCAAGUGGCUGGCUAUCUAGCUAAGCAGAAACAGCCCCAUGACACGAUAAGUGACAUGAAAGGGUUGUUGGAGAUCGUUGGAUUGGAUUUAGGAGAGGUGAUCAUCACUACAAGGUUACAACAUCGAGAAACAUUAAGCCAAGGUGAUAGGCUUAAAUUGAACUUUGAGAUGUCUUCUCAGAGUUUUCAGGCCAACAUGGACAAUAUAACACCAGUACAGCAGAUGGUGGCUUCUUGCUCUGGAGCUUUGCUCACAUCACUGUUUGUAACUCCUUUGGAUGUCAUAAAGAUCAGACUCCAGGCACAGGCCAGUCCUUUAUCUAAAGGAAAAUGCUUUGUGUAUUGCAAUGGCCUGAUGGAUCAUAUAUGCGUGUGUGAAAAUGGGAACACGAAAGCGUGGUACAAACCUCAGGGUCAUUUCAGCGGCACGCUGGAUGCCUUCAUCAAGAUCGUCCGCAUGGAAGGGAUCAAGUCGCUGUGGAGCGGCCUUCCUCCAACACUAGUUAUGGCGGUUCCAGCUACAGUGAUCUACUUCACCUCUUAUGAUCAGCUCUGCGCUCUUCUCAAGCUCCGGAUGGGGGAAAAAGCCGACCUGGCCCCGCUAGUAGCUGGAGCAACAGCUAGAGUGGGCUCUGCUACUCUGAUCAGUCCGUUGGAGCUGAUCCGCACUAAGCUGCAGUCAGAGAGACAGUCGUACAGACAGCUCAGCGAGGUGAUCCGCUCGGCCAUACGCACCGAAGGAUGGCUGGCUCUGUGGAGAGGUCUCGGGCCCACGCUGCUCAGGGACGUCCCAUUUUCAGCUAUGUACUGGUUCAACUAUGAGAAAGGUAAAGCCUGGCUGUGUCGCUACAACAAGACGACCGAGCCGACCUUCAGCAUCACCUUCAUCUCAGGAGCUGUGUCCGGCUCUAUUGCAUCAAUCGCAACACUGCCGUUUGAUGUGGUGAAGACCAGGAGGCAGGUGGAACUGGGUGAACUACGGGCUAAGAAAUUGUCGCCUCAAGCCUCGUCUUCAACCUACAACGUGAUGAAAAGGAUCGUGGCAGAGAGCGGCGUUCAAGGACUCUUUGCAGGUUUCAUGCCUCGGCUGAUAAAAGUGGCUCCAGCCUGCGCUAUAAUGAUAAGCACUUAUGAGUUUGGCAAGGCCUUCUUCCGCAAACAAAACCAGGAGAAAAGACCGGUUCUCACGCUGCACACCACCAACUCCUAAUCACUCCAUCUGUCUCAGACAUGCGCACACACACUCUUUACAACCUGAACACACACAUUGCUUUAUCUGGGGUCUAAAUUAAAAAAAAAAAAAUCUUGCAAACACUCAUCUAGUUACAAUGAUUUAUGAAUAAACUGAGGAACUGGACAGGUCCAGCAGUGUAGAUCUAUACAUAAAUUGUGUGUGUGAAAUAUUGUCGAACGUCCACUCUGAUAAACCUGCAUGAUGCGUGUUUGAGCAAUACACAUCACUAGAAACACACACUGAAUAAUGCUGAACAUCCUGUAUGUGAAGGUUAAGAGAUUUAUAUCGUAUUAGCCGCAGUGCUAAUCCCACGAUCGUGGAAAUGCUUUUAUAAUAUUCUUGUUGCAUAAGUAAUGUUUUUAUUAAGUUUAUUUUAAGUAAAGUGAGAGAAUGUAUAUCUCUGAAGCUCAUAUUCAUCAUGUAUGAAUAGAUUUUAUUUGAUUAAUUGAAUGAUUAAAUAUUUUGAAUGAUAUGA